ACCCAAAUUUCUUCACCGAGUCACUAACACACACACACACACACUGUGCAAUUCGUUCUUCUCUUUGAACUCAUCGAUGGAGGACGCCGACGCCGCGAACACGCUCCGCGUUCUGGUGGCCACCGACUGCCACCUCGGGUACAUGGAGAAGGACGAGGUGCGCCGCCACGACUCGUUCCACGCCUUCGAGGAGAUUUGCGCCAUCGCCGAGCGCCAACGCGUGGACUUCGUGCUCCUCGGCGGCGACCUCUUCCACGAGAACAAGCCCUCGCGGUCAACGCUGGUCAAGGCCAUCGAGAUUCUCCGUCGCUACUGCCUCAACGACCGCCCCGUCCCCUUCCAAGUCGUCAGCGACCAGACGCUUAAUUUCCAGAACACGUUUGGUCACGUGAACUACGAGGAUCCUCACUUCAAUGUUGGUUUGCCUGUGUUUACCAUUCAUGGAAAUCAUGACGAUCCUGCUGGCGUGGACAACCUUUCUGUAGUUGAUAUUCUCUCGGCAUGUAAUCUAGUCAACUACUUUGGGAAAACAGUUCUUGGGGGUUCUGGUGUUGGUCAGAUCACUCUCCACCCUAUUCUUAUCAAGAAGGGUUCAACAGCUGUAGCUCUGUAUGGUCUGGGAAACAUUAGAGAUGAAAGGCUUAAUAGGAUGUUUCAAACGCCACAUGCUGUGCAAUGGAUGCGACCUGAAUCUCAGGAAGGGUGUCAAGUGUCAGAUUGGUUCAACAUUCUUGUACUUCAUCAGAACAGGGUAAAAACAAAUCCGAAAAAUGCAAUAAAUGAGCACUUCUUGCCACGCUUCCUAGACUUCAUUGUGUGGGGCCAUGAGCAUGAAUGUUUGGUUGACCCACAGGAAGUUCCAGGGAUGGGAUUUCACAUUUCGCAACCAGGCUCAUCAGUUGCAACAUCACUUAUUGAUGGGGAAUCAAAGCCGAAGCAUGUACUUCUUCUAGAAAUUAAGGGAAAUCAAUAUCGCCCAACUAAGAUACCUUUGGUGUCUGUGCGGCCUUUUGAGUAUACUGAGGUAAUACUAAAAGACGAGCCAGAUAUUGAUCCUAAUGAUCAAAGUUCUAUACUUGAACACCUAGACAAAGUGGUUGGGAAACUGAUAGAAAAGUCUAGCAAGAAGGCUGUCAAUAGAAAAGAACUCAAGCUCCCACUAAUACGUGUAAAGGUAGAUUACUCUGGAUUUAUGACUAUAAAUCCUCAAAGAUUUGGGCAGAAAUAUGUUGGGAAGGUUGCAAACCCUCAAGACAUUCUCAUUUUCUCAAAGGCUACAAAAAGGGCCAAGGUUGAAGGAAAAAUUGAUGAUUCAGAACGGCUUCGUCCAGAAGAAUUAAAUCAACAGAACAUAGAGGCUUUGGUUGCUGAAAAUAAUCUGAAAAUGGAGAUAUUGCCAGUUAAUGAUUUGGAUAUUGCAUUGCAAAAUUUUGUGAACAAGGAUGAAAAAAUGGCAUUUUACUCUUGUGUACAAUACAAUAUUGAGGAAACACGAAAUAAAAUUGCUAAGGAUUCAGAUAUUGUUAAGUUUGAUGUGGAAGAUUUAAUUGUCAAAGUUGGAGAAUGCUUGGAGGAUCGUGUCAAGGAACGUUCUGUACGCUCUAAGGAACCCACACAACUUACUGCUGGUGCUCAACCAUGGAAGGAUUUUCAAGGCAGAAGCACUGCUGGAACUCAAAAUGCAGUUACCUUUAGUGAUGAUGAAGAUGCCAUGCCAGUAUCUAGCUCAAAGCCAAGUACUAGAGGUCGGAAAGGAUCCUCUGGUGCGUCUCAAACUACAACCAGAGGAAGGGGUAGGGGAAGAGGCAGGGGUUCCAGCACCAUGAAGCAGACAACACUUGAUGGAGCUUUAGGGUUUCGCCCUUCUCAAAGGUCUGCAUCAGUUACUGUAGCAACUGCCAUCCGAAGUGGUGCUGAUGAGGAUAAUCCGGCUUCUGCUUUAAGUGAUGAUGCCAAUAAAAAUGCUGUUGAAGAGAUCGAUGAUAGUUCGGAAAAUGAAUCCAAUCAACCAGGACGGAAGAGGGCUGCUACAAAGGGAAGAGGUAGAGGAUCUACAAAGUCUUCUAAACGUGGAAGGAAAUCAGAUAACUCUUCAAUCCAUAGAAUGCUCAUGAACAAUGAUGAUGACGAUGAUGACGAUGAUGAUGACAUUAGAAAGAGAUUAAAUAAGUCUCAACCUCGGGUUACUAAAAGCUAUGGAGCUCUAAGAAGGUGAACAGUGGGUUAUAUGUGAUGUUUUCUACAGGCCUUGAUGACAAGACAAAUAAUGUCAUUAGGUUACAUUGUAUAGAAAAAAAACAUUGCGUCUCCAACUAAUUUAACGUCUUGCCUUAGAUUCGAAGCUCAGCAGAAUGCAGUUGAGUAAUGUUAUGUGUGGGCCUGGUUUAUGAAGACAAACGAACCCAGUUACUUUAUGGGUUCUACAGCCUUCCAAGUUUCAACCAGGUUGUGUUAUGCUGAAUACAUUAUCUGCUAAUUUUUCUUUCUUUAUAGGCACUAUGAAGCCAUUCAAUUUGGCGCUAGUGAUUGAUGUAAUAUGUGAAAUAGGAAGUGAAGUAGUAGGAGCAUCUGAUUACUUUCUUCAGUUAACAUAAUUACACAAACGUGUGUACUAAGCAAAGCAUGAUUUAAUUAUAUAAUGGCCAAAAACAAUUAGGUGAGACUC